AUGGCUUUAGAUAAUAUAAAAUCCCCAUCACCUUCACGAGAGGAAACUAGUAAUAAUAAAAGACCCUUGUCAGAAAUAUCACCAAAUAUACCACGAACUUCUAAAACAAUAGGAUUCAAGAAAAGAAGAAAUUCAUUAGGAUUUGAAAUGGCUAGUAUUCCAAGUAAUUUUAAAUCCAAAAUCCCACAACUUUCAAAUUCUUUAGGGUCAUCUUCAGGUUCAUUAGGAGGGUCAUCAUCAGGAUCAUCUGCAGGUUCAACAUCAUCUUCAAUAUCAAUACCACAAGGUAUACUAUCUAUUCAAGAAAGAUUAAAACGAAAAUCAACAAUACGUCUGAAUUUUAAAAAUGUUCAAUCUGUUGUUACUUCAUCUACUUCACAAAUAAGUGAAUUACAAGAAGAAUAUUAUUCUUUAAAUGAAUCUUAUAAACGACAAGCACAAUUUUUAGAAAAUCAAGAAAUUGAAUUGAAUAAAUUGAAACGAAUUUUUAAAAAUACUUAUUAUAAAAUUGAAAAAAUUUCAAAUUUAAUUAAUGAAAAACAAAUUCAUUUGGAAUUUAUUGAAGAGGAUAUUGUAUCAUUUAUUGAACAAGAAGAAAAAUUGAUUAAUUUGAAAAUUAAAGAAUAUGAAAUGAAAUUAAAUUCUCAAUUUAAAGAAUUGGAAUUUGAAAUGAUGAAUGAAUUGGAAGAUGCAAAAAAAUUUGAUUUUACCGAUUUGAUUGAAAAUGUUGAAAGUUUGACUAGAAAGAGAGAUGUUGUAAAGAAUGAAAUUGAAGAAUUGAAAGAGAAGGUAAAUGAAAGAUUGAAUGAAGAAACAAAAAUGUUUGAAACGGAAUUGGCAAAUAAGAUUGAACCUUUAGUUGAACAGAAGAAAACAAUACAACUGGAAUUGGAUGAUAAAAAGAAGGAACUUGAAAAAAUUCUGAUGGAACAUUAUCAACAAGAGUCUACGUUAGUAGAGAAACAAACUGAUAUUGAUGUUGUCAAACAUGAAAUUUCUAGAAUUGAACAAAUUAUGAAUAAUUUCCAAGCAACCAAAAAAUCACUAGAAUCAGAUCUUGAUAAAGUUGAUCAAGAACUAUCUUCCAUAAUGACCAAAGAUUCUGAAGAACAAAAGGAAUAUGAUAUUAUUCAUUCAGAAUAUUCCAUCCUUCGGAAUAAGAUUUCCAAACAUGAUCAUCAACGAAGAGUUUUAGAAAAUUCAAUAAUGGAAUAUGAAGGUAAAUUCCGAGUUUAUGGAAUUGGUACCGAUGUCAAUUUAUUUAAUAAAUCAUUUACUGUAAAUAACCCUUCGAGUUUUAUAAUUGAAGAAUUUCAAUGUUUGGUUAAAUCAGUAUUGAAAAAUCGUAAUGUUUGUAUUAUUAACAAUUAUCUACCUGGUGGAUCAAUUGUAAUUAAUUCAUUUGAAAAUUUCAAACAACAAAAUAGUAUCUAUCAAUGUAUUUCUAUAAAAGAUGAUGAUAUUUGUGAUUUAUUAAAUUCAAACAUGUCGGUGGAUACUUUAUUUCAACAUCAAAAAAUGAUUAUUGAUGAUUUUGAUCAAUUUAAACAAGUUGUUGAAGAUUUAGAUUCUACUAUAUCUGAAGAAUUAGCUAUUCAUAUUAUAUCCAAUGAAAAGACGAAAUUCAUUGUGGUUGAUUGUUCAAGAGUAGAUAUUGACAAACAAAAGAAUAUACUUUCAAGAUUUAUAAAGAGUGAUAUCAAGGGUAAUGAUUUCUUGGGUUGUUUGUUGAAUUGGUUAUAUAAAAAUUGUACUGCUUUGUUUUUAUACGAUGCUAAAGAUCAAGAAUCAAUCAAUUUAUUAAAUACUAUAAAUUCUAUAGAUAUACCUUCUUAA